GUCACGGUUUCCAGAAAUAAUUACGAUCACAUAAACACAAAAGCCCCAAAAGCUCGAGAAAAGAGAAGUCUGAAGAAUUAAGAGAGAGAGAGAGAGAAGGAGAGAGAAGAGAGAAAGCCAGCUUUGUUGCGGUGCAAAGAAGCAAAUCUGACAGUUUGCAGAAACAAGAGAGGGCAAGGAAUCGAAGAUUUGGUGGUUGUUCUUUCAGAGGAAGCAAAGUAAAUGCUAAUAGCAAUUUAACAUUUUCUUCACUCCCUUUCACUGAGGAGAGAGAGAGAGAGAGAGAGAAAGGAAAGGGAAAGUGCGCGAGAAAAUUCCGUCUGGAAUCGAUCUCACUCGGGUCUCUGCUCUUUUGAUCUGUAUAGAAUUAGCUUCUUCCUCGUUCUCUAGUUUCGGACCUGGGUUUGAUCCUUAAAGCCGAGAUCUUUCUUUUCCUGAAGAGCCUUCUGGUUAAUUUUUGGGUGGUUCAGUUUUAAGAGUUUUGAGGGAUAUAUGUUUGGAUUCAUAUGUGAUCACAAAAGACGCGCCUAUUGGCCAGAAGUGAAUUGUGGUCUACCGGGCUAGCGUUUUAUUUUGUGAAGUGGUGCAGUGUUGAGUAGUUAGGACAGUAGAGGGAUGCCUCCUUCCCCGGCAUUGAGAUGCUCUCCUGGCAGGGAAAUUUCAGGGAAGAAACACAGACGAGGACACAGCAUUGAAUAUGGGAUACUAUUCAGAGAUAAAGACGACGAUCUUGCGUUGUUUAGUGAGAUGCAAGACAAAGAAAGAGAUGGUUUCUUGCUUCAGUCAUCUGAUGAUCUUGAAGAUGCAUUUUCUACAAAACUGAAGCACUUUUCGGAGUUUACCAUUCCUGUUCAAGGAGAGAGUAGCAGAUUGCUGAGUGCAGAAGGAGAUAAGAACGACUAUGAUUGGUUGCUGACGCCUCCUGACACGCCACUCUUUCCUUCAUUGGAUGACGAACCGCCAGCAGCUAGUGUUGUGAGAAGAGGGAGACCACAGAGUCAGAUUUCGUUAUCUAGAUCUUCCACGAUGGAGAAGAGACGCCGUAGUAGUAAGGGCAGUGCAAGCCCAAAUCGCUUAAGCACAUCACCUCGAGCUGACAAUAUGCAGCAGAUAAGGGGAAGGCCAUCUUCAGCACGCCAUCCUAGUCCUGCAUCUGGUCAACGAUCAGUUACCCCAGUUAGGAGGAUUUCUCCUGCUCCAGGGAAACCCUCAGGACCUACAUCAAGAUCUACGACCCCAACUUCACGAAGGAUGAGCACUGGGUCAACUUCCAUGGCAUCGUCAGCUGCCAGGGGCACUUCUCCUGUCAGUUCUAGUCGAGGCAACUCUGCUUCGCCCAAAAUUAAAGUGUGGCAGUCAAACAUUCCUGGUUUCUCCUUGGAUGCACCACCAAAUCUCCGAACUUCUUUGGGUGAUCGACCGGCAUCCUAUGUAAGAGGUUCCUCACCAGCAUCUAGAAAUGGCAGGGAUGCAGCUUCAACACGCAGCAGACAAUCUGUCUCUCCUAGUGCUUCCAGAAGUGUCAGUUCAUCUCACAGUCAUGAGCGUGACCGGUUUAGUUCUCAUAGUAAAGGCUCUGUAGCAUCAUCUGGAGAUGAUGAUCUUCAUUCUAUUCAGUCUAUUCCCGUUGGAGGCUCAGAACGUGCAAUUUCUAAGAGAGCUAGCCUGUCUCCUAAUAGUAGAACUUCGAGAUCUUCAAAAUUACAGUCACCUGGUUCAGCACCGAGAAAGCCGUUUGAGUCUGCUCUUCGUCAAAUGGAUCAUCCGAAAAGCCAUCAUAGUAUGUUUAGACCUCUUGCUUCUAGCCUUCCUAGCACAGGCAUCUAUUCUGGGAAAGGUAGUUCGUCUUACCAUCACAUUAUGUUAAGACAUUCUUCUGCAACAGUGGGGAGCAAUGCAGGUUCUAGCCAAGUUACAGGCUUCAUGCCAGAUACUAAAGGGAGCGAUCCAAUCCCUAUUUUCCAAUCUGAAGUUGAAAAAUUAGCUUAUCCUGAUAGACAUGGAGAAAUUGCUGCCUUUGGCAUGGUGGAUUUAUCGAAUGAAGGUAGUAGACAUGAGAGUCAUGAGAGUUCUUAUAGUGAUCAGCCUGGUGAUAUGGAUCAAAGUUAUGCCGUUGAAUGCGAGUCCAGCGUGAAUGAGGAGCUCAACCACCAUGUUUCGGAUGUUGAAAUCAGUUCGACUCAGGGUAGUCUUCCUGUAGGCAAUGACUAUUUAGAAGGGGUCGCUCUUGAAACUAUGGAGGUUUGUGGGAGAUGUGGUUCCCACUAUCGUGCCACUGAAGCUAUUAGAAGCGAGAUAGAUAUUUGUCCAGAUUGCAGGGAGGAACACAAUUUUGUGGAAAUAGGUUCCCCUGGAACAACAAGAGCUCUUGAUGAAAAUUCCCCGAAGCAGUCACAGGAAAUUUUUGAUGAAAAAGAGUCAUUUGUUGACAAAAUUCCAGCAAUAAAGGUGCUAGACUCGCUGCCUGUUGUUAUGGUUGAGGCAGAAACUGUGGAGACACAAGAAAACAUUGAGCAGUGUGAUAAUUCCGACGAGCAAGAACAAAAUCAUUUGAAUGAGAGCUCUUUUCCCAGGGCUUUCGUAGAGCAAGAUGUGGAGAUACUCAAUCAGGAGGAUGAAAUUCAGUCUUCCACUCAGCUUUCUGAUAAGAAUAAUGAUUUGAAGAUUGGUUCUUCAGAAGGUAGGGGCGUUCCUUUGCUUAUAAAGAGAUCGGUCAGUAUGAAGUCACCCAUUAUUCAAGCUAAUAACUCCAGUGGUUUUACCAGAUCAUAUGAGGGCUUUUCUUAUUUACGGGAUAAAAGUCUAAGUCUAAGUCUUAGAAGCUCCACAGAAACUACUUCUGCAUCUUCAUCUUGGGAUUAUGGUUCCUCUAUAAGAAGGGGAAGCCAUGUACGACAUCAAAGCGGGAGUACACUUGACAUGGAGACUCAUAGGUAUGAUACCAACUCCAAGUCCCUGAGCAGCAUGUCAUCUUCAUCUGGUGUGUCAAGCCACACCUGCCAGGCUCUGAAUGUCAUGCCAGCUGACAGUUUUGAAGUUUGUACUACCCAAAUGACAUGUACCCAAGAUGAAACUCAUCAAGAAUCUCAUCCUGAACUCCAAGAUUCGGAAUGUAAGGAAACCAAUGUGAUGAAUGCUGAUUUCGGUGAAAGCGAUGGAUCAAUUGGGGUUCCCACCAAUGUAGCUGGUGCCCUGGCAGAGCAUUAUCCGGUGAUAACUGACAAUGAAUUCUGUGAAAAUGGAGAUGAUGUAGCCAACACUGUGAUGAGCAAAGUAGAGAUAAGCGAAUCAUCAGCACAUGUAAGGAGCACAUCAGAAUUAGAAGCAUCACCUGUCACUGAUGACUACUCGCCUAAUGAUCAGUCUACGCUACAAGAAAAGGAUGGAAACGAAACUCCUCGCCAUGGUUCAUCCACCACGACAGCCUCAGAAAUAGAACCCGAGAGUUGUGAACCAGCAACACCUGGUUUAGGGGUUCAUGAUGAUAUUCCUGAGGCAGAGUGCAACCUAAAUGCAGUGGAUGACUGCUCAGAGAAGAGUAUGGCACAUGCUCCUGUAGAUCACCACAACUCCUUGGCUCCUGUAAACGAAAUUUUAGAUGAGUCAACAGUUCUUGUGGAGUGUCCAGGUCAAAAAGAACCGAAGAGCCUCACACUUGAAGAAGCCACUGAUACAAUACUCUUCUGCAGCUCCAUUGUUCAUGAUAUAGUUUACCAGGCUGCAACAAUAGCAAUGGAUAAAGCAAAGGAUGUGCCAGGGGAAGAAGAAAUGUCGCAUCCAACGGUGACGGUACUUGGAAAGUCGAAUGCGAACAGAAGUAGUUAUACACGCGGUGGUGGAACAAAGGCGAAGAAACAGAGUUCCAAAUCCGCAAAAGCAAGUCGGAAGCAAACGGAAACAGAGGAGAAAACAGAAGAAAGAAUAGAGAAUGAUGAAAAUGCAGGUGAAGCGGCGAUGAUACGUAACGUUGGAGUUCCUCCUAGCAAAGGAGAUCAUUUGAAACCUCCUCCUAAGCUUGAGUCCAAAUGCAAUUGCUCAAUAAUGUGAUUUUUUUUUUUUAUUUACUAGUAUAUUUUAAUGUUGUUUGUUCAUAAAGUUUGUGGUUGGUUGGUUAUUUUGUUGUUGUUGUUUGUUUGGGUUUUCUUUGUUUUUUAAGAUUUAUUUAGAGUAUUUACGUUUGUUGCAGCUAAUUUGUAAGAAGAGAGCAUGAUUUCGGUUGCCGGUUAGUGGCUUGAAUUGUAAAGUUUUUAUUUUUUUUGUUUUGUUUUUUGAUUAUUAUCCUGAUGUGUACCAAUAAACCCUUUUUUCCUUUUUUUCCCCUUCCAAUAAACUUUUUCUAUUCAGAUUC